AUGGGAACGAAUGGGUGUGAUGGCCGUCAGUCUAUUCAUCACGAUUCUCCUCCUUUCCAUCAAAUUUCCCCGUCAAUUCAACAAAGCGAUCAUUUGGAUCAAUUCACAGCUCCGAUAGAUCGAGAUGAAAUUCUGUCUGGUGAUCGUCGUACUUUGAACAGUAAAGAUACCGUCCUUCAAAUAGCUUCAAAUAGUUUGAGAUCUUGUCAGAGAAAUUGGAAUCAAACGCAACAAGAACUCGUCGAGGCCCGAGGAAAAAUCAGCGGACUCGAGACGGAAAUUAUUCAGCGCAACAGAGCGGAACGAAACGAAGGAGAAAGAUGUCGAGAUGAGCCGAUUGACAGCAAACUGGCUCAAAUGAGGCGAAUU